AGUGCCUUUUCCCUUUUUUAUUUUUAUCUAAAAGAAAAGUAGUUCUAGCUGUUAUUUGCUGUAUUUCUCGGGGAUAGCCUUUAAAGUUAUAAGUGGACUUCUGACUAAACUGACCGGCACUUUUACUCCUUAACUUGACGUUAACGGUCCGGCUUGUGUAACGUCCCCCUGUGGAUACUGGCAUAGCAACCGCAAAAAUAGCUCAACUUUAAGAAUACGAAUAACGUUAGACGGAUGUUGUAAUGUUUAAACAAAUUGUUUAAAUACAGUAACACUAACAGGUUUAGUGUCUCAGAGUGAACAAGUGCUUUUUCUAUAGGUACACCCGUAUUUAUGGUCUGUAAAAUGCAGCAGGAGCAGAAGUGAGACAACCAUGCCAGUAACGUUAAAUAUUAGCUAAUUUCGACUAUUUCGAUUACCCAGCUAAUAUAACUCUUAAAACUAGAUUUAACUCUAGAUGUGUGAACACUUGAAAUCGGUCCCUGGUUUACGGCAGGACACGGAGGCGGAAGGGCGGAUGCUGCUGCCUGCUUCAGCUGGACACAGGGAGGACAUUGUGGACUGCGUUGGGAGGCUGUAGAUCAUCGCCAGGCGGUUCUCUGGGGAUCUCUCUCGGCUGUGCAUGUAGGGUAACGGUGUCACCUCUGGGAUGAAAGCAACACGCCUCCACACCUCUGUGGAUCCAAAUUAGCCAGGAAUAUGAGCAGAAGAAGAGGAUAAGCAGCGCGGCGGCUUGCUUCCUGCGGGAUUUUUGUCCAGGCUUUUUGUUUUUCCGUGGACAUGCCUGGUCUAUGGAGCAAAGCUGAGCGAAGCUAGCUGGCCGACUGUCCGGCUAGCGCACCAUUUCCAGGCUUUUGGAUGAUUGUUUAGCUGAAGAGCUGGUUUAUUUUGGAUCAGCGCUACCUCCACCCCGUGGUAAAGGAGUCAGCAUGGGGGAGCCCAGCCUGGACGACUCCAAUGUCAAGGUGGCUGUUCGUGUACGGCCCAUGAACAGGAGAGAAAAGGAAUUAAACACUAAAUGUGUCGUGGAGAUGUUAAAGAACCAGACGAUCCUCCAUCCUGCGGGGACCAACCUGGGCAAGGGAGACUCCAGGAGUCAGUCCAAGGUCUUUGCCUAUGAUUACUGUUUCUGGUCCAUGGAUGAGACAGAUAAGGAAAAAUUUGCCGGCCAGGAGGUGGUGUUCCAGUGCCUUGGGGAAAGUCUUCUCCACAAUGCCUUCCAGGGCUACAAUGCCUGUAUCUUUGCCUAUGGACAAACUGGUUCAGGAAAGUCGUACACCAUGAUGGGUUCAGGGGACCAGCCAGGGCUGAUUCCCCGGCUUUGCAGUGCUUUGUUUGAACGAACCCAGAAGGAACAGCGGGAGCAGGAGAGUUUUACCGUUGAGGUGUCCUACAUGGAGAUCUACAACGAAAAAGUCCGGGAUUUGCUGGAUCCCAAAGGGGGCAGACAAACUCUGAGGGUGAGGGAACAUAAAGUUUUGGGUCCCUAUGUGGACGGCUUGUCUCGGCUAGCUGUGGCUAGCUACAAGGACAUUGAGUCUCUGAUGUCAGAGGGGAAUAAGUCUCGGACUGUCGCUGCAACCAACAUGAAUGAGGAGAGCAGUAGAUCGCACGCUGUCUUCAACAUCAUCCUCACACACACACUAAAAGACUUGCAGUCUGGGACGAGUGGUGAGAAGGUGAGUCGGUUGAGUCUGGUAGACUUGGCGGGAAGUGAGCGAGCAGCAAAAACUGGAGCAGCAGGAGAACGACUAAAGGAAGGAAGCAACAUCAACAAGUCUCUGACUACGCUGGGUCUGGUGAUCUCAGCACUGGCUGAACAGGGAACCGCCAAGAACAAGACCAAGUUUGUUCCUUACAGAGACUCUGUGCUGACAUGGCUGCUGAAGGACUGCCUGGGGGGAAACAGUCGCACAGCGAUGGUUGCAACCGUGAGUCCUGCUGCAGACAACUACGAGGAGACGCUUUCGACUCUGCGCUACGCCGACCGAGCAAAGAACAUCGUCAACCAUGCUGUUGUUAACGAAGACCCCAACGCUCGCAUCAUCAGAGAGCUUCGAGAGGAAGUAGAGAAACUACGAGUACAACUGACCCAGGCAGAGUCUUUGAAAGCUCCAGAGCUGAAAGAGCGUCUGGAAGAGUCAGAGAAGUUGAUUCAAGAGAUGACCAUCACUUGGGAGGAUAAGCUUCGCAAAACUGAGGAGAUUGCACAGGAGCGUCAGAAGCAGUUGGAGAGUCUGGGUAUUUCUCUCCAGUCUUCAGGGAUUAAAGUUGGAGAUGAUAAGAGCUUUCUUGUCAACCUUAAUGCCGACCCUGCUCUCAAUGAACUGCUGGUGUACUACCUGAAGGAACACACAAAGGUGGGCUCAGCAGACUCUCAGGACAUCCAGCUGUGCGGGAUGGGUAUCCAGGCAGAGCACUGCGUCAUCGACAUUACAGCAGAUGCUGCUGUCAUCCUCAGCCCCUACCGCAACGCUCGGACCUGUGUAAAUGGUUCUCCAGUAACCAGCGCUCUGCAACUUCACCACGGUGACCGAAUCCUCUGGGGAAACAACCACUUUUUUAGGAUCAAUCUGCCUAAGCGACGCUCUCGUACAGCAGAGGAUGACGAUGGUGAGGGUGGCGUGAUGAAGAACAGCGGAAGCAGUGAGCAGCUGGAUGCAGACGGUGACACGGCCAGUGAAGUGUCCAGUGAAGUCAGCUUCUCCUACGAGUUCGCCCAGACGGAGGUCAUGAUGAAGGCCCUCGGCAACAACGACCCCAUGCAGGCCGUCCUCCAGUCUCUCGAGAGGCAACACGAAGAGGAGAAGCGCUCCGCUCUGGAGCGACAGAGGCAGAUGUACGAGCAGGAGCUCCAGCAGCUCCGUCGGAAGUUGAACCCAGACCGUCUGUCCACAGGCCAGUCUGGAGCGCCGGCUUCUGGCCAGCAAGCACCGGGACAGCAGCCUCACUACCGCAGCCUGGAGAGACUCAGUACAGGAAGCAUGUGCCAUUCGACCAGUGCUCAGAGCAGACUGAGGCAGUGGAAUGAGGACAGGGAGGUGGUGUUGGUGAGGAGUUUGCGGAGGUUGCGUGAGCAGAUAGUGAGGGCAAACCUCUUGGUGCAAGAAGCCUUUUUCAUCUCUGAGGAGCUGGAGCGACACACAGAAUACAGAGUCACCCUGCAGAUCCCGUCAGACAACCUCAACGCAAACCGCAAGAGGGAUGCUGUACUCAGUGAACCAGCGAUUCAGGUUCGACGUCGGUGUCGAGGGAAGCAGAUCUGGAGUUUGGAGAAGAUGGAGAACCGUCUGGUGGACAUGAGGGAGCUGUACCAGGAGUGGCAGGACUACCAACUCCAUGAUCAUGACGACCCUGUGAUGCGCUCAUAUUUCCGUCGAGCAGAUCCAUUCUUUGACGAGCAGGAAAACCACAGUCUAAUUGGGGUUGCCAAUGUCUUCCUCUCCUGUCUCUUCUACGACGUAAAGCUGCAGUAUGCUGUUCCCAUCAUCAACCAGAAGGGGGAGGUGGCAGGGCGUCUUCAUGUGGAGGUGGUGAGGGUUGGAGGGGGUUUAGAGGACAACAUGGCUGGAGGAGAUGAACCUGACAAUAACCAAGAUGAAAUCCAGGACCGCAAAUUAGUCUGCAUGAUUAAGAUCCUGCAGGCCACUGGUCUGCCCCAGUACCUGUCCAACUUCGUCUUCUGUCAGUACUCAUUCUGGGACCAGACUGAGCCCAUCAUCGUGGCUCCUGAGGUAGACCCAUCGUCGUCGUCACCCAGCACCAAGGACCCACACUGCAUGGUGGUGUUUGACAGCUGCAAGGAGCUGGCAGUGUCAGUAUCGGAGGAUUUCAUUGAAUACUUGACUGAAGGGGCGGUCGCCAUUGAGGUGUAUGGACACAGACAGGCUGAUGCAGGCAGGAACCCUGCCCUGUGGGACCUCAGCAUCAUUCAGGCUAAGACGCGUACACUACGAGACAGGUGGAGCGAGGUUACACGUCGUCUGGAGCUGUGGAUUCAAAUCUUGGAGAUUAACGAGAAUGGAGACUUUGUCCCAGUUGAGGUGAUUCCUGCUAAAGAUGUCCGGACCGGAGGAAUCUUCCAACUUCGGCAGGGUCAGUCAAGGCGAAUCCAGGUGGACGUGCGUUCAGUUCAGGACUCGGGCACCAUGCCUCUGAUAUCAGAGAUUGUGCUUGCAGUGUCAGUGGGCUGUGUGGAGAUCAGGCCCACCAUAACCAACCAGGAAGGAGAUGAGAUGGACAGUUAUCAGGAAGGAGAUCUGGAUCGUUUACGACGUCAGUGGUUAGUUGCUCUCACCAAGAGACAGGAAUACCUGGACCAACACCUGCAGAGCUUGGUCAGCAAAGCAGAAAAAACAGAAGAUGACAUGGAGAGAGAGUCUCAGCUGCUGGAGUGGCGCUUAACUCUGACAGAGGAGAGAAACGCUGUCAUGGUGCCCUCUGCUGGCAGCGGCAUUCCUGGAGCACCUGCUGAAUGGGUUCCUCUGCCAGGCAUGGAGACUCAUAUUCCUGUCCUCUUCCUGAACCUCAAACCUGAUGACCUCAGCUCUCAAGACCAGUUUGAGGUCCCUGAAGCUGGAGGUUGGGAUGCCACCUUGAGUGGAGAGGAUGAGGAUGACUUCUUUGACCUGCAGAUCGUCAAACACUAUGAUGGAGAGGUGAAGGCAGAGGCGUCAUGGGACUCCACCGUUCAUGAGUGUCCGCAGCUCAGUCGCGGGGGAGCUUGGCCAGAGCAGCGGGUGUACCUGACGGUUCGAGUAGUGGUUCAGCUAAGCCACCCCGCCGACAUGCAGCUGGUGCUGAGGAAGAGGAUCUGCGUCAACGUUAACCCUGGGCGUCAGGGUUUUGCCCAAAACUUACUCAAAAGGAUGUCCACCCGCAGCACCAUACCGGGCUGUGGGGUCACCUUCGAGGUGGUCUCUAACAUACCCGGGGACGCCCCCGGUUCAGAAGACAGAGAGAUGCUGGCUCGGCUCGCUGCCAGCGCUCACAACAGCCAGUCAGGUGAUGAUGAGGCUGCCAUUGAGAAAUACCUCCGCAGUGUCCUCAGUCUGGAGAACAUCCUCACUCUGGACAGACUCAGACAGGAGGUGGCAGUAAAGGAACAACUGACUUCUAGAGGGAAAAGCAACAGACGGAGUCUAAGUUCUCCAUCUGUCCACAGGCUGUCUGGAAGUAGACAGGACCUGUCCACAACCUGCCUGCUGGACGAUAAGGGUCGAUGGGAGAGCCAGCAGGAUAUCUUUAUGCCCUCUCAAUUUCACCGCACCCUCCCCCGUCCUGCCUCCUCUCCUUCCACCUACUCUACCUCCCCUUCUUCAUCCCCUACUCCCUUCGCCUCGAGCCCACCACAGAACCAGGAACCAGAGCAAGGUCGUUCAGGACUUGCUGCCUCUUAUCUUUCAGUUAAGGCGCUGGUUCCUCAGAUGCCCAAACUGCUCAAGUCUCUGUUUCCAGCACGAGAUGACAAGAAGGAGCUGAGACCUUCGCCGCACAACCAGCAGCACAUGCCUCGUAUCAUGCCGUCAUCAGGAGGGGACGACAACAGAGUGAAGGCUGAGACGGCUGCUAUUCUACGGCCCCCAACCAAAGACAGGCGGGCAGAGUUCCCAGAAGUCCCUCCUCUUCCUGUGCAUGACCCGCAUGACACCACACCCCUCAGCCCCCUCAGCCAGUCGUCAAGCGGCUACUUCUCCAGUAGCGUCUCUACAGUUACCCUGUCUGACGUUCUCCAACCCUCCUCCUCGUCCUCCUCCCUCCUGGCUGCUGAGACUACGUUACCCACAAACCCCCAGCACCAGAGCGCUGACAGGAACGAUGCUAUGACCGCUCCUUCUCAGUGUGGCACCAACAAGAUGGCCACCGUCGCUCCUCCCACCACUUCCCACAGCUCAGCCAAUCACAACAAUGUGACCGCAGAAAACUCUUUCUCCAAACAGAAGCUGCUCAACUCAGGAGGAGGAGGUGGCGGCGAAGGUUUUGAAAGGCUGGAGAUCUUUGUGGACGAUGAAGAGCGUAACCAUGACGACGUGCUGCCCGAGUGGCUGACGGAAGGCGUGUAUGUUACAGUAGGGAGCAAUAAGGCGGGGACAGUGCGCUACGUGGGAACGACGCAGUUUGCUGAGGGAGUGUGGGUGGGGGUGGAGCUCGACACUCCUGUAGGUAAGAAUGACGGUUCAGUCGGAGGCCAUCGGUAUUUCCAGUGUAAACCAGGUUACGGGGUGCUGGUUCGCCCAGACCGGCUGUCUUGCCGUGAUCGCACCAGUCGGCGGACGGGAGACUUCGCAGCUCCAGCCCACGUCCCCGUCCUGCGAGGAGAAAGCAUUGUUGCCCGCCGGGGGGAGAACCGCAAGUCCUGGAGCAGUUGAAACAGGGAAACAAGGAGCUGGUUGGGAGAGAUGAACUCCCCAAAGCCCUCCUCUUCCUCCUCCUCUCUUCUUCCUCCUCCCAGCUAUGCAACUGGCUCACACAUCAGAACUGAUAUACUGCCUACCCUCUUAUAGUUGGAAACUACACUCACUACAUCCGUUCACGGUUAACAGAUGGAAAUAAAAUCUUUAUGAUAAAGACAGUAAAGAGACUAUUCAGAGCAAAUGCAAGUAAGUCGAUGAAAGACUAUGCAGAGUAUAUAGAAGUCCAUGGAAGGACUGUUUAUCAUAAUUACGGUAAGUGGGGAAGAUAAAUGAACAGCAGUCAGUGGGAAGACUGCUGAGAGUGAAUGGAAGUCAUAUUGGGAGUGUCGGAGCUCUCCUGGGUUGUGGAUUGGAUGCCUCAGGGCUGCUUCCUAUAUACAGGGAUGCAAACUAGUCACGUUUUAGGCAGAACAUUUUUUUUUUUUCCACAUCUGUGAAUUGUCUAAAUUUGAAGAUAAUUUGAGUGAGAGUCUAAUUAAGAGCAGGAUAACAAACAUGUUUAUCAGCAUAAAAAAAAAUUUCCAGUUAGAUGCUGGCAGAUAGACUUCUCCACAUUUUCUUCAUCAUUCAUGAUGGAAAUCAUUCAUUAUGAGGGAAUCAUUACUAGAAAAUAUCAAGAAUAUAAAAGAGGAAUCAAAAAGAAUCAAAUAGAAAAUACCUGAAAAUGGAUUAAACCUCAAAUCACAGCAGACUGCAUUAUUCUGACCUGUGAUGUGUUUGCAUACCUGGAUAUGGGACACCCAUCUGUUCUUCAGAUGUCCCAGAAUCCCCCUGCUCCUGCUGCCACUCCCCUGAACUCUGCAGGUCCAGUCUGUGGACUGACACUUUGGCUCUUUAUGCGAGACUCGUCUCUCCCUCCUGGACUCCCGUUUCUUUUCUUCUGAAGAUGGAUCCUCCCAGAAUGUGCCUUCACCACGGCUUGGUUUGCAUUUGUUUUUCUUCAUAUUUAAUUUCUAUUAGCUGUGUUUGUGUUUUAAGAGAAUGCCUUGUGCUAAGUGUGAGGUGAUCUCAGGGACUGCAGAGGGGAAAAGGACGAGAAGGUGUGUGUGUGUGUGUGUGUGUAUGUAUUUGUAUAUGUUGUACAGUGUUGCCCUGUGUGCACAAAUAAGGUUUAAGUGUCGUGUUAUUGUUAAAAUGUGUGGAGCAGGAGAUGUCGUGUCCUCAUUGGACCCAGCCACUGUGGGAGCGAGUCGCUUGUACUGGGAGGCUUUAAAAGUUUAUUUUUGCACUGGAGACGUCGGGAGUCUUUCCACAGGGAUGUAGGAUAAGAAGUGUCUGUAUGUGAACAGUUUGGUCCGAAGUCACGAUGCAGCCAGACAGAGAGGUGUCGGAUGAGUUUACAGAUCCCUCGAACCAACCGCGGUAAUGUGACGAUGGUGGAAAUAGAAUAGAUUCUCCAUCUGUGUGUGCCAUCUGGAUGUUGUUUUUCUGUUCUCGUAAGCACAUUUGCUGGUCCUUCAUAAGUGGCUGAUGACAUUCGGACACAGGGAGGCUCUGUGAGAGUAAUACUGUUGGUGGUUAAACAGGCAGGUGUACAUGAUGAGGAAAAGAAAGUGAGAAGGACACGCUGAAGCUCUGCUGGGUGCUUCAUGCUGGAGAGUUAAUUUGCUUCUAUGCAUUUGAUCAGUUUUUAAAAGAAUCUCGGUUUAAUCUUUGAUUUCUAAACGACUGACACAACUGGGAGAAGGAGAUGUACAUUUUGGGAAAGUAUUGAUCAUGAAAAGCAUUUCUGACUGAUUUAUUCCUGACACGUCUGUUGAGGAAAAUUUAAUGUGAUGUGAUGUGAUGUGGUGUACUUUGCUUUGUUUUUUCUUUUAAUUAGAUUUUUUUUUUUUUUAUUGAACAUCACAUUCCAGAGGGACUUAAACGUUUUAUAGUGACCUUAUCCCUUAUUAUUUAUACAUGGAAAAGCAUUGGCAGUUUCUUACUUUAUGAAUUCCAUCAAUUCAUAAAGAAUGUAGACAGAGCGCACAUGUGCCUCCAAUACUUUUCCAAUAGUUAAAGGGGCACUCGAUUUACACAUAAAGUAGAGGUUACUGUUGUGUGACGUCUUGUGUAGCUCUGGAGGGAGUCUGAUAAAAUAACCCUGAUGAUGUCAUCAGGGUUACUACAGAGAAUUUAAAACAGAGUCAGCGUUAAAAGUGCAGAGUUUGAUAAACGUGGGCUUUUAUCAGGUGGGGAGGAUCUAACUAAAGAUGCGAUCAAGUUGCAUCAUGGGAAAUGUAGGAUCCAGUGUUUCCAGUGAGCUUGACUCAUAUCUCAGCCUCUGCUACUUUGAUUUUUGACUCUUUUGUCUGUCUCUCGUUAAGUGCUAUUGCUGGAGUGUCCUCUGAGACUAGACUGAGGUCUGAGUAAAGUGUUUGGUUCGAGUCGAUGUCUCACCAUGUGAGCAACAGGCGUGUGCUGAAAGGUUGAUUUCAUGGUGGAAAAUGAAUAUUUCAACAUUAUUUGGGAUACUUAAGUACUGUGUCCUCAUAUCCUGACAAACCUGAACAUUUUAGCUGUUUCCAUGGUGACAUGUAGUUUAUCUGUGUAUACUAAAAAAAAAGUGUCUAAAGAUUUCUGAUGUGAUGAGAUGACGAUGCAUAUAGAUACAUUAUCUGGAAUACAUGUGCAUGUAAAAGGCACUCAGUAUGUCCAAACACUAUCAUUGGAUGUUUUUCCAUUCCUUAUCAUCACACGUCUUCUUAAUCUGAGAGGCGUGAAUUUACUAUUUAUAUUUAAACGCUUGUACACAUGCCUUUAUCGCAUGAAAAUUGAUAAAAAAGCCUUUUAUAUUUUAAUAAAUGUUGCACAAAUGAUUCCAUGAAAAUUGCUGCUAUUAGCAUUGUAAAUUUACCUGUAAAUGGAUCAGUCGAAUCAUGGAGUCGUAUGUCUUACUGUGUGCUAGAUUGGAAGUCAAAUAGUUUGUUUUUGUUUUUUUUUUUAAUUCCCAGAUGGAGAAACUAAACUUUGGUUCGGUGGCCAAUGUAUUUUUUAUGAAGCAGUAAAAUUCCUAAAAAUGAGGCACUUUGUGGUUUGAGCCUUGAAGAAGAGAUGCUGGGUGAAAAAUCCCUCCUGCAUUGGAUUUUAAAGAGGAAUGAGAGGAAACUAUAAUGUUGGAUUUGCAUUGAAGUCUGAGAGGAGGAGAUGAUAUAUCAUCAUAGUCUAGUUUAUUAUCUGUGUAUUUAUUAUCCAGUAUCUUCAUGGCCUUAAAGCCCGGGACCUGGGAGUCCUCUGAUUGGUUGGUUACUGUAGGUGGUUGUUGGCAGGUUGUGAAGUGGUUCGUUGGUUCGGGUUUUUUUUUUUUUUUUUAUAAUAUUGUGGUUCAUAACAGUUAUGUGGUAAUAAAGGAAAGGAGUAAAGUUUUCUCGUGUGUUUGGAUAUGUGUGUGUGUGUGUGUGUGUGAAUGUUGGGUGGAGCAGGUUUUGAAUCAGUUGUGUCCGCGCGUCUUUGCCAAGAUGGGAAAUGACCACCAGCUGCCACUUUACAUACUUACGACACACAAGCUGGUAGCGACAAACCUCCUACACAUCCUGCCAGCUGGUCAAACUGUGGAACUGGCUGCUGGUUUUGAAAACGUACCAGUUCCUGCGGCCGCUGGACUUUCCCAUCCUGGUUUUUGUCCCGGGCACAGUUAUAGGGGUUUGAGAUCACUUCAGGCUUCUGGAUGUUCCUUUAUGUUAUUGUGCCUCAGAAACCAUGUGACCAUGUAUCUCCCACACACUGUUUUCAUAUCAACGCUUCAGUUCAUUUGCACAAAAGCCUCCAGACAGAAUUGAAGAGUUCAUCUCUGGAAAACUUGUACAUGUAAGAUGAAAAAUCCAACCUGGAUUUUAUGAUUCAGUGUUCUCAAGUUACCUGUUGUUUGAAUUUCACUUAAAUGGUUUUCAUUGUCAUCCUUUCAAUACAACAGUUUGACUUGUUUGGGUUUUUUUUUUUUUUGGUCACAACAAACACAUUUGUUGUACAAUCCUGCAGCAAACACUCUCCUCUGUCAUUCUCCACAGUUUGCAGCAUCAUAAAUGUAUUUCUUUAUUAGAUGAAGUGUGACAUUAGAUGGAAAGCUUGUGGGCUGCAUGAUGCACACAUGAUCCACAGAGCUGUAAAAAAUAAGAAACUAUAAUUAAUAAUAAUAUUUUGCUCAGAACAGACUAGAUUUGGUAACUUUGUUUCAGUGGUCUCAUCACCAGAGAUUAAAGUGAUACUUUAGUGAGUGUAUCAACCAUCAGAACCACAUUUAGUGCUAUUUUUAUUGAUGUGAUUGUGUCCAAGCAUUUCCAGACUGCAUAUUGAUCUGUACGAGUCUUCUGCUCCCAACAAUGUUUCUUUUUUUUUUUUCAUGGUUUUAUUUUUGUCUGUUUCUUUUGUUGUCUUAAGAGUUCCGGUCUUGCUCAGAAUCGGUCCCAUAUCUUUGCGCCUAAUGUUGCAUUUCCUGCAGCUCUGCCAACCUUGGGAUCGCUGGUCUGGAGCUAAAUAUCCUCCGCCUUAACGUGGCCUUCCACCUGGAGCCAGACUGGUUUUAGCAGGAAUAAUCCCAGCUCUCUAACUAAACACAUUACUGUUAGAGAGCGUCAUUCCAAAACAAUACGAAUCCACUCAGUUUACUGUUUGAAACAACAUAAAAAUACUCCCAUCUUCUAAAAUAGCCAUUUAGUCGUGAGUCAUUUGGUCGCGGGAGCUGUCAGGUUUUAUUACUGCCUUUUCAACCGGAGGGAAGGUCAUCGUGUCGCUUCCCGGUGACUGCUGUCAAACCUCAGAGUGAGAAAAAGCCCGACUUCCAACGCAGGGAAUUUUAUAUAAAGGCAGAAAAUCAUCCAAAUCUGUGAAAUGACACCCCACCACUGCCCUACAGCAGCGUGCCUGUCAGCUUCUGCCUGCCUGGGAUCAGCAUGCUGCCAGCCACAGAUCUGAGGUUAAAAUAACAUAGUAACAGCAGCAGGAUUUUUUUUGAUUGGCCACUUGAGAGAUAAAACAUUUUCCUGCCUUGGUAGUGAGUGUUUCACCUUUUUUACUACCUCUUUCUCGCCUGUUCAGAGCGUUCUGCCAACUUCUUCCCUGCGGAGGCCUUGUUCGGCUGACACCUGCUUGAAGUGGCUGCACCCGCUUCCCUUUCUGUAUGUUCUCAAAUAUUAGAAUAAACCACACAAACAAGCAAUACGCAGCCUUUCUGCAGCUUCUUUUUAGCACUGGGAUCUGCUUUCCAGGAAAACUACGAUUCAGCUCCUCCUGUCGGUGCGUUUUAAAGGCAGUCGGUAUCAGCAGUCGUAUUAACGUGCGCUGCGUCAUGGUGGAAGUAGAGAGGGGUUUGGUGCUUGCUUGUCAGGGAGUUUUAUUAGAAUUAUGUUACUCCUCCAGUCCCUGUAACCUUUCAACUGCAGGGAAUAAAGAAACCUUUUAAUAAUGGAGCAUGAGGUUAACGUUAUUCACUAGGAGUCCCUGCCUCAUCCUGGACAACAGUAUUAUACCAUGAUCAUCCUAACUAAUCGUUAUCAAUCAUGUUUGUCGGCUCUGUGGAGCGGGUUUGUCUUGAUGUGUCAUUUGUAUGUGUGAGUGCACCGUUGGAAUGGUUCUAUGUAUGUAUGUAUGUGUAUAUAUGCGCAUAUUAAGACUUAUAAAAAGAAAAUCUGAGCACAAGUGUGGGUUUUGAUUAAUUUAAUUGUUUUAUGUAAUAUGCUGCAAUCCAAAGAAUAAACAUGUAUUAUAUAAUACAUUUUUUAUCAUCUGAACAGUAAUCUGGUAAGAAAAAAAUAAAAAAGAAAGAUUAACAGAGUAUUUGUUCUUUAUUUGUACGGAACUGAUUUAGUGUUUAAAGAAAUGUGCAGAGUUGUGAGACUGUAGUAAAAACUGACAAACUGACAACUUGUAGCAGCUCUGGAGGUAAGUGGUGCCUCAUGUUAACUGUUAGUCUAUUUAUUGUUUUUUAGCUUGGUGAGAUAAAUAAUAAACGCCUGACAGAUUUCUGUUCAACAUCGUUCGCCCAACAGUCCAAAACCUAAAAACAUUCAACAAUGUUGUAAAACAAAAAAAGGCAAAUCUUUUUGAGAAGCUUAAUUAGUUGAUUAUCAAUUGUUGCAGAUUAAUUUUCUGUCCAUCAACCAAUUGAUUGACUUAUUUCAGCUCUAAAAUUCAAUAAAUAAUCAAUUAAAUAAUGUUGACAAAACAAUCAACUCAAGGUCCACUUGCCUGUACAGAAGCAAAGAAAGAUCAUUAACUUUGUUUUUUAAAAAUUGUCUGAAUUUCAGAUUCCAAUAUGAGCAACUUGGUUUUUUUUGACUUGAAUUAUUUUCAGAUCUGUAAAUGAUUAGUUGAAUUUGAGCAGCUUGAUUAUAGUUUUUUGAAUAUAGAAACACUUAAACCUUCCAUCACAAUUUGUAAACCCUUAAAAAAAGUAAUUAAAUCAAAUUAAACAGAAUGAUGUCAGUGAUUUUACAUUUCAACAAAUAUUCAGUAAAGAUUAAACUGGACAGUUUGUAUUUCAGUUGCUUCACAGAUUCCUUACAGCGUCUUUGUUUUUGUGUACCUUCUUUACCGGAGCUUUCAAAAGUAUCACUUGGUCUUUACUGGUGGAUGGAGUUUGCUCAGUUUCCAUGGAGAUGGAUUCAUUGACGUAAGCUCAGAAGAUCAUAGUUAGUUUGGUCAUUUGCCAUGGAGCUAACUUCAUCCGCUGAUGAGGGCUGUGUGAUACGGUUGAAAGACCUAGAAAAAUCUAGUAAGUGGACCUUGAGUUGGGAUUAUUAUUCACAUAACGAUGUUGAAGGUCAAGAACUAAAGUGAGAUUAAUCAAAGCUCAUUCUAGGCUGUACAGCUGACCAGAUCAUUUUAAAAAGCACAAAAAAUAUAUUUUCAGCUUCUUGCUACAGUAAAUGUUCAUUAUGUUACAUGAACACAAAAUUAUCGGUCAAAGUUGGCACCACUUUUGUUUUUCUCAUGACAUUUUUUCUCUGCUUUUCUCGCGGCUUCACCAGCAGAGUUUGUGUGUAGACAAAUAAAUCUGAGACAAAACACCAAGACUCACUGCAUGGACUCUGAUCAGCUUUUAUUCCCUUGUAAAUAGAAUAUCAAUAAAAACACACCUUAAAAAUAACGAAUAAGGUUUAUCCAACAGAUGAAAAAGUAACAAAAGGCAUAUGUAGUUUUUCUACAUAGCGGUUACAGAACAGUCUACCGUCCAAAAAAGGCACUAAAUCUUGAAAUAGAAGAGAACAGGAAGGGAUUAAAAAUCAAUUCAAACUGAUACAACAAAUAUCCUGCUGAGGUUUAUUUUUCAUUUCAUAGAGAAUUAUUGAAGAGUUUAUUGCCAAAAUGAAAUACUAACCACCAAGAAAAUCUAAAAGAACAUUUUGAACCAAAUGUUCCUUCUUUUUUUUUAGCAGUACUUCCAGUCAUUGGUUGACUAAAGGAGAACAUCAAGACUAGAACGUCUGCAUUUUAUGUUGAAUGCAUGAAUGAUAAAAGUCCUUUUUUUCUCAACUAAAUAAAACCAGUAUUUUGGAAUAUAACUCUUCAAAUGUCAUACUGCAUUUCAUGUGUUCACAAUGACAAAGGUAGGAGACAGACAACUGCAACAUUCACAUCUGAGGCCUGAACAGACUGAAACCACGAUGACACCAGAUCCACAGACUUUCUCUUUGUUCAGACAGCAGAUCUCAGAUCAGAUCAAACCAUGAGCGACAUGCACCCAAGCAGCUAAUUCUGUCACAUUAACAACCGCAGUGACAGUGGAUACAUCUCCGAUCCAAACAGUGUCGUUAAUAUUUACUGUUCUGUCUGUGUUGAGGGACAGAAACACUGCCAGAGGAGGAGACAGUACUGGCAGCUGGAUUUGGCAGGAAAAAGACAAACAUGAUUAAGAUACAGUCAAUGCCAGGAGCUGCAUCCACAGGUAUUUCAGGUAUCAAACCCAGUCUGAACUGAAACAUCUGCUGCUUUGUUUCUGUGGAGAACCAACGAACCGUCCUUUCAGACGAGAACAGUACAACAAGGCAACAGAGGACAGAAGGCCGAUAGUAAAACUGCAUUUUAACUGAUAAAAAGCAGACACGCUGCGUCAGGUCAGUGCUGUCAGAAGCAAAGUGCACAUGAGUAGCCUGACACAGUGUGAAUACAGCUGAAGAACAAAGGCUUCGUCUGAUAACAGAAAAAAAUGGAAAAAGAGUGAAAAAUGGUAUAAUUGAGUUUCUAAUUCAUGAUAACUUUGAGUUACUAUGCAUUUUAAGUUGAUAUAACCAGAUUUUCUGGCGCUCUGUUGUUUGUACAAGUAUGAGGCCAAUUUAGGAUUAAAAAGCACUUUUCAUAUUUUGUCUUUAAAAUGACUAAAAAUUACACUAAAAAACUACUUUUUCCACUUCACAACAAUUUACUGCUUCAGAACUCAGAAGUACAACUUCAGGAGAGGACCAUGAAGGCAGCAAGUGAAAUGAUUUAAAAUAAUCUCAAAACAGCACGUUGUCUUAAAGGAAUCAAUCGAUUCCCUUCAGAAAGGCUUCUGCCAAGCAGAUUAAAAAGAACGAAAGAAAAAAAAAAAA